CCCACUCCCACAGCAUGAGCCCGUUGACAUCAUCCCCAUACCAGCCCUCGGGCUGGAGUGCGGUGGGAGGCGGUGCCAGCACCAUCACCGCAGGCCUUGAAGGGCAGCGGCUGGGGGCGCACCACCUUUGGCUGGGGUGGGGGCGGCAUGUACUAGUGGCCCUUUGGCGGCAUGUAGGCGCUGCCGGUGGCGGUGACGUUGGCGUUGGCGGUGGUAGUGGUGGUGGCCAUGCCGGCGGUGCUGCCCCGCUUCUUCGCCCUCGUCUGCUGAGCCAGUGCCCUCGCGUGCUCGGCCUUGGCCUUGGCCUCCGCCGCCUGGGCGAACCACAUGUCGGCCGCGCUCUGCACCAGACACACAGCAACACAGAACAGAAACGAAGCGUCCAGUGCUGUGCUGGCACAUGCGGGGUAUCCAUUUUCGGCGCUUUCGCGUGUGCGUCACUGACAUCGGCGCAGCGGGCGGCGCCCUCCCACAGGAUGUCGGCGCCUCCACUGGCCUCCAGCCACCUCUCGUACUCCUGCAGCAAGACAUAAAGAGGAAUCAGACAGAGAACGCCAGUAGAGAAAGUUGAAUGAGUUUUGGCAGCGUUGGUGUCCCACAGGACCGCUUGCUUACCUCACGGUCCUCCUCAAGCAGCUUCUUGACCGCCCGUUCAAACACAAGAGGGUCGUCGCCGUCCCGCAUCACAGGCCAGGCAGCGGCGCCACCUUGGGCAGCAGCGGCGGCAAUCUCAGGCAUCCUCUCUCGCUCUGUCUCUCUUUCUCUGUC